AUGGCCACUAUUGAAAGACCCAUAACAAGACUGAAUCUGAGAAAACAACUAGAAUUACAGCACCAACAACAACAACAACAACAACAACAGCAGCAGCAGCAACUCCACCACCAGCAACAACAGCAACAAGAACAGGAGGGUCGAGAGGGAUUUAGCUUGGCAGACCAUCGUCAUCACCUUGGACAAGAUGAACACCAAACGGAAUUUUCCACCACCACCACCACUACAACUGGUUCUACUGCUACCACAAAUGGCAACUAUACACAUCAAACUCCGCACCCGCAUCACCAUCAUCUCCAUCACCAUCUAGAUAUCCAAGAACAGCAACGGAAACACCUCAACCGUCGACAACUGCGUUCGUCUCCGUUACCAACAGAUAUACCUUCACCAACGUCAACUGAAGAAGACUUGAGUGAAGAUAACACUGCCACCAGCAUCACCACUACUUCUAAUUCCAAUUCUAAUCAAGAUAAUAAUAACUCAACCUCAAACUCGGCUUCCGCUUUAGAUGCAACUACAGUUGAACAUGUGGUGGACCACCACAAGCCAUUAGCACGAACUUUUCAUGGCAGAAGCAAGUCGGUCUCAUUUAAAUUGCCACAAGAGUUAUUAACACCAAAAGAAGAAGAAGAAGAAGAAGAAGAGGAAGUUGACGAAGAAGAAGCAACACCAGAUAAUAUCAUGCAACGACCAAAGAGGCAGAAAUUAGAAAGUACUAGUUUCCAUCAGGAUGAAAUCCAGCCAAAGCAACACUUGGAUAAAAUGAAACCAAGCGACUACCCUUCAACGCCUCCUGAAGAAUCAUUCCAUUCUACUGAAAAAGAAGUCACCAAGGAAGAUGAACAACAAGAAGAGCAACAGCAGCAACUGGAAGUGGAACUUUCUACCAAGGACCAUGUCUUGGACAAGUUGGCACAAAACCCCGACUAUAUUGCUUUGCAAUCAGCAUUCGAAUUAAUACAAGCUCAAUCUAACCAGAUAAAGCAAGAGAUUAUCCAACUAUCUCAACUCAAGACCAAGUUUGAAUCUCAAGAACCACUCGACGAAACUUAUAAAUUGGUUUCAAAAUUGCUCAGCAACGAGGAGACCGACUUGCCCAAGCCGAUAAACUUGGUCAAAUGCCCCAAUAUCAAAUGGUCCAACUACAAUUCAUUUUUAGCUAGACAAUUUGAAUUACAAGAACUAUCAUCAUCAACAUCAUCAACAUCAAUAUCAUCGUUGUCAUUUUCACCAUCGGCUUCUUCUUCUUCUGCAUCUUUUUCCUCACAAGACUCAUUCCACACUCAAUAUCAAAUCCAGCCACAACAGCAGGGGCCUCAUCUCGCUUCCCAUCAGCCAGCUCAAUUCCAACAACAUAGAAGACUGAGAAGCUUGAUUUACAAAAAGUUUAAUCUUUUUGAUAAGAUUUGA